AUGCACAUCUCCUGCUUCAUACCUGCGAUUGUCAAAUUUCAGCUGCUGAUUGCCCGCCGGAGGAGAUCCAGCUGUUACUUCCACCCCCGGGCGUGGCCCAGCUUCCGGAAUGCUGACUGGUGGGAACGGGUAGUCCUGAAAGACUUUCAGCCACGGGACUGGCUGGAGAAAUUCCGAAUGUCCAAGGAGACCUUCUUUUAUGUCUGCAACCUGCUGCGACCCAAGCUGUCCUACCAGAGUGGCCAGCCCCACCCAGUGCUGCCUCUGGAGCAGCGUGUAGCUGUGGCCCUUUGGCACCUGGCUACCAAUGCAGAGUACCAGACAAUCAGCCCCCUCUUUGGGGUGGGCCCCUCCACAGUGCAGAACUGUGUCAAGGAGGUCAGUCAUGCUGUUGUGCUGCUGCUGAAGCCACUCUACCUCCGGCUGCCCAGUGAAAAGGAGCUGGAGAACAUGGUGCGGAUCUUCAGUACCCGCUGGGGAUUCCCACACUGCAUUGGUGCCUUGGACAGCCUCCAUGUCUCUAUCCAUGCCCCUGCACACCUCAGCACCAACUACUGCAACAGCCAGGGUAGGCAUUCGGUCCUCACACAGGCGACGGUGGAUGGGCUGGGUCAGUUCUGGGACAUCUGCGCUGGUUUCCCUGGCAGUAUGGAGAACAGCACCGUCCUGGAGAACUCCAGUUUGUGGGUGUUAGCUAGGGAGGGCUGCCUCUUCCCAACUCCCCCGAAACAUUUCAUGGGGAGGACACAAAAGUACGUCCUUUUGGGAGACGCCUCUUACCCAUUACGGGACUGGAUCCUUAAGCCUUACCCGGAAGACGGCACCCUCACUCCACAGCAGCUUCAAUUCAACUAUCGCCUGAAGCGGGCCCACAGCGUGAUUGAGAAUGCCUUCCUGCGCCUUAAAGCCCGCUGGCAGUUCCUCCUGAAAUGCGAUGACUGCAGCCUGGACCUGCUGCCCACGGUCAUACUUGCCUGUUGCAUCCUGCACAACGUGUGUGAGGCGCACAACAGUCCCUUCAAUGAUGAGUGGCUGGAAGUUAUAGAGCCCUCCGAGUUUCCAAAGCCCUGCCACCCUGUGCCCAUGUCCAUGGACGACAGCAGUGCGGAGGAAGUGCGAGAACUGAUGUGCGGCUACUUUGAAAACUACGGUGAAGGCUGA